AUGGUUUGUCUUAGGUACCUCUUGCCAUUAUUGUUUCAGUACGACUCAACUGCAGAGGAAUCUGAUACUUUGGAGUCACAUGGUGUUGGUGCUGUUGUUCAAAUUGCCAAGAAUAUGCAUGCUGUGCAAGCAUCACAAGCCUUGUCUAGGCUUACUGGCUUGUGUACUGAUGAGAGUUCAACUCCUUUCAACGCACCUGCUGUCAAUUCCCUCAAGGCCUUGUUAACUCCAAAACUUGCCAGUAUGUUGAAAGAUCAAGCUCCCAAAGACCUAUUAUCUAAAUUAAAUGCAAAUUUGGAGUCUCCCGAGAUCAUUUGGAACUCUUCCACUCGGGCAGAGCUUUUGAAAUUUGUGGAUCAGCAACGUGCUAGCCAGGGUCCUGACGGUUCAUAUGACUUAACAGAGUCACAUACUUUUGUGUAUGAGGCAUUGUCAAAGGAACUUUACAUUGGGAAUGUUUACUUGAGGGUCUAUAAUGACCAACCUGACUCAGAGAUCAGUGAGCCAGAAGCUUUCUGUGUUGCUUUAGUUCAUUUUAUUUCAUCUCUAGUCCAUGGUGAAUUUGCUGCACCAUCUGGUGUUCAGAAUAAACGUGAUGUGAGUAGCUCAUCACCUGAGACUUAUGAGCUUCACAGCAAUAUAGCUGAUGUAUCGGCAGAUGAACAGCAUGUUCCUGAUGAGGUGGCAUUAUCUGAUGGAAGAGUAACAGACAAGGAAGGAUAUAUCCUGAUUAAGAACCUUCAAUCUGGAUUAACCUCACUUAAGAACUUACUGACAAACAAUCCUAAUCUGGCAUCCAUAUUUUCUACCAAAGAAAAAUUAUUACCUCUUUUUGAAUGCUUUUCGGUGCCUGCUGCAUCAGAGAGCAAUAUUCCACAACUUUGCUUGGGUGUUCUGUCUCUCCUGACUACAUAUGCUCCUUGCUUGGAGGCUAUGGUUGCUGAUGGCUCUAGUCUUCUCCUUCUGUUACAAAUGCUUCACUGUUCCCCAUCUUGUCGUGAAGGGGCUCUUCAUGUUCUAUAUGCUUUGGCAAGCACACCGGAACUUGCUUGGGCAGCUGCCAAGCAUGGUGGAGUAGUGUACAUUCUUGAACUUCUAUUACCUCUCCAACAAGAAGUUCCCUUGCAGCAAAGAGCUGCGUCAGCCUCUUUAUUGGGGAGACUUAUUGGGCAGCCAAUGCAUGGGCCUAGAGUUGCGAUAACACUUGCAAGGUUUCUUCCAGAUGGCAUGGUUUCUAUCAUUCGUGAUGGACCUGGCGAGUCUGUUGUAUCUGCUCUUGAACAGACAACGGAAACUCCAGAACUUGUAUGGACACCAGCCAUGGCAGCUUCUUUAUCAGCACAAAUUUCAACCAUGGCAUCAGACCUUUACCAUGAACAAAUGAAAGGUCGUGUUGUUGAUUGGGAUGUACCUGAGCAGGCAUCUGGGCAACAAGAAAUGAGGGAUGAACCACAGGUUGGUGGAAUCUAUGUCAGGCUGUUCCUAAAGGACCCUAAAUUUCCUCUCAGAAAUCCAAAGAGAUUCUUAGAGGGACUAUUGGAUCAGUACUUGUCAUCUAUCGCUGCCACACAUUAUGAAACACAUGCUGUUGACCCUGAACUUCCUUUGCUACUCUCUGCUGCUUUAGUAUCACUUCUACGUGUGCACCCUGCACUUGCAGAUCAUGUUGGUUAUCUUGGAUAUGUGCCAAAACUUGUGGCUGCUGUGGCUUAUGAGGGAAGACGGGAAACAAUGUCAUCAGGGGAACUGAAAAGUGGGGGCCAUGCAAUGGAGAAAACAUAUGAACCUGAUGAUGGAACGACACAACCUGCACAAACUCCACAAGAACGGGUUCGCCUUAGUUGUUUGCGCGUUUUACAUCAACUUGCUGCUAGUACUAUAUGUGCUGAAGCUAUGGCAGCAACUAGCGUGGGAACACCUCAGGUUGUUCCACUUCUAAUGAAAGCCAUAGGAUGGCAGGGUGGAAGCAUUCUAGCCCUCGAGACACUAAAACGGGUGGUGGUUGCUGGCAAUCGAGCUAGAGAUGCACUUGUCGCACAAGGACUUAAGGUCGGUCUUGCUGAAGUACUUCUCGGCCUUCUUGAUUGGAGAGCCGGAGGAAGGAAUGGACUUUGCUCUCAGAUGAAGUGGAAUGAAUCUGAAGCAUCUAUUGGAAGGGUGCUCGCAAUUGAGGUUUUGCAUGCAUUCGCAACGGAAGGUGCUCAUUGUCUUAAAGUGCGUGAAAUAUUAAAUGCCUCAUAUGUUUGGAGUGCUUACAAAGACCAGAAACACGAUCUCUUCCUUCCUUCAAAUGCCCAAUCUGCUGCUGCUGGAGUUGCGGGUCUAAUUGAGAACUCAGCUAGGCUUACUUAUGCCCUUACUGCACCACCACAGAUGUCUCAGGCGCGAGCACCUGCUUCAUCGGGAUCUGAAACCAAUGGGAACCCGGAUAGUAUUUCAUAGUAUGAAGUGUGAAAGACAACAUUUGGCGGCCAUAAGCAUAGUUACAGGAACUGUUAUACAUCACUUAUCUGUAUAGCUCACUGUACAGUUUGAAUAUUUUUUCCUCUUUUUCUCCUUGUCUGUCUCGUUCAUGGUAUAGACAAUCAAGGUGGUGAUUGCGAUUUUCUGGGGAGAUAAGUUAAAGAAGCAAGAAAAUUUGUUAUAUUUUUUUUAAUGUAAAAAAGAAACUCCAAGUAAAUUUGUAAAUGAGCUGGUUUUCUGCCCAAAUUGCUACAUAAAUUGGCAAGGUUGAUCGUGUGAGUCCUUCGUAAGCUGGUUGUCAAUCGUGAUUUGGUUUCUGAAUUGGUUAUUCUUUU